AGAGAGCAGAGGGAGAGAUAAAGAGAGGAAGAAUAGGGAGUAUUGAGAGAGAGAGAGAGAGAGAGAGAGAGAGAGAGGGAGGGAGAGGGACUGGGUGCGUUUCUCCAGCAGCUCCUUGGCUCCGUUACUGAGCAACGCGGACGCGGCGGGGCGCGAGAGGCUGUUCCCGCGCUGCUGAGGCGACGCGCCGGAGAGCCGAGGAGACGCGAGCCGUUCCCAUGCGGAGCUCCCACUGACUCUCCAGCCGCGAGCUGCUGCCGAAGGCAACUUCAGCCCCGAAGACCGUUUCGUUGUCGCGCGCGCGCGCGUGCGUCUGUGUGUUUGCGUGUGUUGGAAACGCAGCGAAAGGGACGAUGCCGUUGCACCUGCGUCCCUUUGUCCGCUGGAGAUGCAGCCUCGUGUUCGCGUGCCUCAUCUUCUCCUGCGUCGGUGGAGAACACACUGCCACGGUGACACAUCCACUCCCUGCAGCCUUCUCGGACCUGCUCCCCCACUUCCUGGUGGAGCCCGAUGAUGUUUACAUCGUGAAGAACAAGCCGGUCACUCUCACCUGCCGCUCGACACCUGCUACGCAAAUUUACUUCAAGUGCAACGGAGAGUGGGUCCACCAGGAUGACCACUUGAUUGAGCGCACAGUUGACCCUGCUACAGGUCUCCCAGUGAUGCAGGUGAAAAUUGACAUCUCCAGGCAGCAGGUGGAGAAAAUCUUCGGCCUGGAGGAUUACUGGUGUCAGUGUGUGGCCUGGAGCACUACAGGAACCCAGAAGAGCCAAAAGGCUUACGUGCGAAUCGCCUAUCUGAGGAAAAACUUUGAGGAGGAACCACUGGGCAAAGAGGUGGCACUAGAUCAGGAAGUGCUACUCCGCUGCCACCCUCCAGAGGGCGUGCCCACAGCUGAGGUGGAGUGGCAGAAGAAUGAGGAGCUGAUCGACCCCAAGGCUGACCCCAAUUUCUUCAUCACAGUGGACCAUAAUCUCAUCAUCAAACAAGCCCGGCUGGCCGACACUGGCAACUACACCUGCGUGGCCAAGAACAUUGUGGCCCGCCGCAAAAGCUCGUCGGCCGCUGUGAUUGUCUACGUGAAUGGCGGCUGGUCCACGUGGGCCACCUGGUCAGCUUGCAGUGCAAUCUGCGGCCGUGGCUGGCAGAAGAGGAGCCGGAGCUGCACUAACCCCGCCCCUCUGAACGGAGGCACCGCCUGCGAGGGCCAGAGCGUCCAGACGAGCGCCUGCACAGCUACCUGCCCAGUGGACGGAGGCUGGAGCGAGUGGAGCAAAUGGUCGGCGUGUGGGACGGACUGUACCAUGUGGCGCAGCAGGGAGUGUACCCAGCCUGCCCCAGGAACGGGGGGCAAAGCGUGCCAGGGCUUGGAUCUGCAGUCCCUAAAUUGCACUAGCGAACAGUGCCCACAGACUGUGUCCGGUGCGGAGGACGUGGCCCUGUACGUGGGGAUUGUGGCCGUGGCCCUGUGUCUGACGCUGCUGCUGGUGGUGCUGGUGCUGGUGUACCGGAGGAAGAAGGCCGGGCUGGACGCGGAUGUGGCUGACUCGUCCAUCCUCACCACUGGCUUCCAGCCCAUGAGCAUCAAGCCCACAAAGCCAGGUGUGUGGGCACCACACAGGGCAUCCCGCUGCAAGAACUCCCAUCUGCUGACCAUACAGCCAGAUCUGACCACCACCACCACUAGUUAUCAGGGCACCCUGCGCUCUCGCCAUGAUAUGGCCCAGAAGUUCUCCAUGAGUAAUGGUCCUCUGCUGGAGCCGCUGCCCAACGGCUCUCAGACGCUGCAUAAUGGCAAGCUGCCUGGUGAGCCUGGAGACUUCGUCAGCCGCCUCUCGUCUCAGAGCUACUUCAAAACGCUGCCGCGAGACAACGUCAACACCUCUUAUGGCACCUUCAACUUCCUUGGUGGCCGCUUGACCCUCCCCAACACGGGGAUAAGCCUGCUCAUCCCCCCAGAGGCCAUUCCCAGAGGCAAAAUCUAUGAGAUAUACCUCACUGUGCAGAGGAAGGAGGAUCUGAGGUUGCCCCUGGCCGGCUGCCAGACACUACUAAGUCCUGUGGUGAGCUGUGGCCCUCCAGGCGUGGUCCUCACCCGCCCGGUCAUCAUCAGCAUGGACCAUUGUUCAGAUGCUUGCCCUGAGAACUGGGCCAUCCGACUGAAGAAGCAGUCUUACGAGGGAUCAUGGGAGGAUGUGCUGCUGCUGGGAGAGGAGCUGGUGUCUGAGCCGUAUUACUGCCAGCUGGAGGCGGAGACAUGUCGCGUGUUCACGGAGCAGCUGGGCCGCUUUGCCCUGGUGGGAGAGUCUCUCAGCAUGGCGGCCGCAAAGCGCCUCAAACUGCUGCUGUUCGCCCCCGCCUACUGCUCCACGCUGGAGUACAGCAUCCGCGUGUACUGCACGGACGACACACAGGACCUCAUCAAGGAGGUGAUGCAGAUGGAGGCGCAGCUGGGAGGCCGACUGAUUGACGAGCCACACGUGCUCCUCUUCAAAGACAGCUACCACAACCUGCGCCUCUCCAUCCACGACCUGCCCCAGGCUCACUGGAGGAGCAAGCUACUCACCGGGUACCAGGAGAUCCCAUUCUAUCACAUCUGGAGUGGCUCCCAGAGGAGCUUGCACUGCACGUUCACGCUGGAGCGGCUGAGUGUGAGCACGUGUGAGCUUUCCUGCACGCUGUGUGUGUGGCAGGUGGAGGGAGAAGGCCAGAGCUUCAGUCUCGACUUCAAUAUCUCCAAGGAUAACAGGCCACUGGACAGUGAUUUCCUGCUGGUGGACAACAGCACCCCAGCCUUGGCGGGCCCCAGCGCCUUUCAGAUCCCAUACCUCAUCCGGCAGAAAAUCUGCAGCAGUCUGGACGCUCCCUGCCCCAACGGAGCCGACUGGAGGCUGCUGGCUCAGAGACUCAAGCUCGACAGGCACAUGAGCUUCUUUGCAUCCAAAGCGAGCCCCACGUCGGUGAUCCUGGACCUAUGGGAAGCCCAGCACUUCCACAGCGGAAACCUCAACCAGCUGGCCGCCAUCAUGGCCGAGAUCGGCAAGCAGGAGGCCAUGAUAUUCCUGGUGUCUGAUGGGGAGUGCUAACACACAAACACCCAGACAGACAGAGAGACAGACAGACAGACAGACUCUGAAUGGUGGGAGUAGAAAAGGUCCGCACCCUCCAUUAAUUAAUAGAGAAAGGACUAAUCUAAGAACAGGGUUUACCCACCAUGCAAGGCCAUUUGGGUGUGCUGUGAUUAACAGUAUCCAACUCCCCACUCACACGCAGUGCAUUUCUGUCCAGCAACGAUGUAUAGAAACCCCCCCCCCAUCUGUAAUCACAUUUGAUCAAUAAGUACUUUUUACCCACUGUAGUGUCCGGCGCAUUUGUAUCUGAUUUUUUUUUUUUACUCAAACCUGAAAAGCCAAUAGUGGAGUAACAAUGGACGAAUGAAGGCUAAGCAUGCCACACUAAAGAGGUCAUCUUUAGGAAACUCAUUCAGACUUUGUAAAUGCAUUUAGCAAUAUGCAAAUGUACAUUGUACACUGACAAUUUCAUGAGGCCACACAUUACCUCACAGAGCGUUCACGAAGAGUCAAACCUCCUUACGAUGUCUGGGGACAAGCACGAGGAAGUUUGGGCCAAAUGUGGGUGGGAAUGUAGACUUUCGUGAAGGUGGCGCUCAAAGUAGGGGGUAACAGUGUCCUAGUUAACGUUGUCUUAUGGACAGCUACCCUGUCGUUGGCCCAUGGAUGUAACAUAAGUUAGCAUGGCUGAAAAGUGCCCCCCAAAAACUGUAAUUAAGUACGUAGAGUUGUGUGUUCAGAGAACACUAAUUAAACACUGCCUACCAAUAGGCAAUGUUCUGCUAGCUAACAACAGUUUUGCUAGCUAGUUUGUUUGCGUGUGAUUAUACUCUUGUCAUUAAAAGAGAACUGACUUGAGGAAUUUGGGGGUGUUUUCAGAGGGGGCAGACCCUCGUUAGCUUGUUAGUUGGCCCUAGACGAGUACGUCUGGUUCCAUGAAACUUUGUUAAAAGAUUUCCCAUGACCAAAAUAUCAUCGCUGUCCAAAGAAAACCAAGCAUCUCCAGUAAUUUUACAGGGCAAAAGCUCUCUUUGCUUUCAAAGUUAAUGGAAAGAGAUUUUAUUCUAAGCAGUUCUGGAGCAUUUUCCUAAAAUGUUCACACAAUGUAAACGACAGUUACGGAGAUACACGGUUUUCACUGGACAGCGACGAUACAUAAAUACAGAAACUUCUGAAAGAGUUAACGUCCUUUAACUGAGUAGAGUGGCGGUGAAAUGAGGUUUUAUGCCAGUCAUGCUAAAUAGGUAACUAGCUAAUUAGCUAAACUACUUAGCAAAGCAUGGCUUACUGCACCGUUAAUCGGGUCAAACCGAUCGAAUGAUGAAAACGGUGUUUUGUGAGAGCCAUCAGCUUUUUUUCGGACCCGCUUCAGGCACCCAUGAUGCGGCUGUAAUGAGAUUCAAAGCCAUAAUCAGAAAUUCCCGAAUGCAAUGACGCUAAAUGAUCACGUCCUCACGUGUGUGGCUAAUGUCUGCAGGCUAUCUGGAAACGUAGCUGAUGUUUCAGUAGAAAUGCGUUCAGGGACCUUCUUUUUGUUUUAGCCCAGCAGUCUGUGCUGCUGUUUGCUCAUGAAGUCUGAGCAACUGAUUUUUUUGCGUUUUUGGCGAGAGAGGGUUGGGAACGCAUCUCACCUUCUGUUCGGACUGUGGCCACAACUGCCCAAAGCUUGCCUUUAAGAUGUCAUGCGCAGUCCUCUUGAUCUUCACGAUUUCACAGAAAUCAGUCAUUUUAGUCGAGAAUGCUCUAAAGGAAAGAUGAUUUUUACUCUAAGAUGCAAUACUACCAAAUGUUUCACAGCCAUUCGUUUUCUUACUCAAACAACGAAUUGAGUUUUGCAUAUUGAGUCUGUUUUUUCAGAAAGCCAUGUGGCUUUAGGGCAUUCUGUACUGGUAAGACGAGGCGUGUUACCCAGUGUCUUGACUAAAGGGGCAGAUCUACUAGCUUUUUGCACGGUUGUGAACUCUCUUUUGGAGUUCAAAAGUGUGUUGUGAUCUAAUUUAGUCAUCAUCCUGCCCUUAAACGCCCUUUAUUACACCCUGAUGUUUUGCUGUCCUCCUCCUUUUGAUGGAUCCUCCCAAUUACGUGGUGGUUAAGGUGAAAUCUGACUGUUACAUGCCGCCAGCUAACACUGCUGUGUACUAAACUAACAUCGGAAGACUGAGAACCUCACUAAAAUACUCCCCACACACCAGCCAGCUUUGUCUGUUGUGGUUGUUGAGUUGCUUUGGAAGUUUCAGCCAAAAGUUUGAGUAGCUGGUGUUGGUAUUUAACAGUGAGUGCGUUUACGUAUUACGAUUUUGACAGUAAUCUGAUCAAUGCGUUUACAUGCACUUGGGUAAUCAGAUAAUGGGGAAACUCUGGGUCUACAUGAGUCAGGCAGUAAUCGGAUUUCUGCUUUACAACCAGGCAAAAAAGAAGACGUGACGAACGUACGAACAUAAUGUAAAACUCAAACUUUAUGAUGCGGCUUUUUGUGGACAAACGUCAUCUAGAAGAUUUAAUUCUAUAUUUAAAUAUAUAUAUAUAUAUAUAUAUAUAUAAUAUAUAUAUAUAUAUAUAUAUAUAAAAUUUAGAUAUAAUUAUAUAUUUAAAUCUUUCAUUUUGUCAAGGAUGUAUCUGGUUUCAGCAUCAAUUCAGAAGUGUUUUGCUGGUCGUUUACUCCCAGUACUUCGGACCGCUUUCGCACAUGCACAGACUGAGAAAUCCGAAAGAAAUCAGAGUAAGAGUUCACACGCACUGAGAAAACUGAUUACUGAGCUAAAAUCCAGCCUCUUUAUCAGAUUUCUUCAUCCGAUUUCUAGACCUUACUCCGAUCUAUGGAAUCAGAGUAUGCGGUUUACAAGAGCACUUGAAUAAUCCUAAGUUUUUAUUACGAUCUGUAUAUGAUUGGAUUAUUAAGUGCACGUAAACGCACUCAGUGUUUAAGUGUAAUAGUCCUUUCAUGUGACAUCAAUUCAAUGUGUAGCAUGUUAGCUUGUAGCAUGUAUACAGCAUUUAUAUUUCGACCAAUAAACAACCUCAUAAUUGGCUAAUAGGACAUGUAUCUAGUUUGGAGCUGUUUACCACAGGAUGCCAUAGUGAUGUUUUUUUAAAUCCCCAUUCAUUUCUCCUACAAAGAAUCCAGAGUUCCUAAUAUGGGCAGGACACCAAGCAUACACUUUAUGGGAACUUCCCUUUAAUACUGGGAGGAUAUUAUAAUGUCCCAUCUAUUCAUCAUUAGUGAUCAAUUAUGAUUUGUGAAAAUAUUUAAUGGCUCUGAAAAGCCUUUUAUUUUGGUGCUACCAUGGAAGGCCGUUUAGAAAAAAAAUGGCUUGUUUUUUGCUCUCGUUUUUGGCAGUAUGGUAAAUUUUAAGUUUGAAUUUUGUAAUUUUGACAUGACAAAGCAAAAUUUUUUAAAACUGCUUUUUCAUCAACUUACCAUUAUUUUGACACACUAAGUCAAAGUCUCAAAAAAUGUGUAAUUAUUAUGUAAAAUACUGAGAAAAAAAGUGUGACGAGUCAAGACAAAUCGCAGUUGUUGGAAGAAAACCUCUUAUCUCCAAAAUGAUAACUUUACAGGAGAAGGAAAAAAACUUCACUUUUAAUGGAAGUCAAUGGAAUGGACUUUUUUCCAAGGCAUCCUGGGCCGCUUCUUUUGGUCCAUUCAUCAUCAAAUUUACACACAAUGUAGAGGCCAACAGGUAUUUUCAAAGUAUAUAAAAAACUGAGAAAAAAAAACACAAGGUUUUCUUCGGACAGCAGCGAUCUGCUGCUGGAGAUGGGAAAAUUCUAAAUUAAGCUUUUGUUCUGCUACCAGGCAGAAACGUGUAUCUGUACAGACAAUGGCGUGAGCAAAACAGCAGUUCUGUGCUGGUCACGCGUGAACUAUGAAGAUCAUUCACUCGCAUGAAAGUUCUUAGAAGAUAACCUGCUAAAUUGGCCACCUUCACCAGCAUAAAGCCUCCAGGCUGCCAGCAAUUAGCGCCUCUUUUAGUAAAUCUGCCCCUCGAUCUGAUUUCAGUUCCACGCGGGGAAGUUAAAGUGAACACACUAUGCGAGAAUUCUUUGCUUGAGACGGUGAAGAAACAAAGCUCCAGCUUAGAAACCGUAACCAACCAUUAACCCACAGAAUCCGAAGCGGGACAUGAAGAUGUAUAUUUUAGUCUCCUUGUAUUUCCCCCUGUAAUUUCCCGGGUGAUGCAACUGACCCCAUGAAUGUGUGCAGGACAGUUUCAUGAUUGUCAGUUAUUGAAUGUGAAAGGUUUUAUUUCCAGUUGCGGUCCACUCAAUGGCCUCACCUUAGUCUGUGACGGUCACAAGUAUGUCUGGAAAGUUUCAGGUGUGGUGGCACGUCGAAGUGGGCACAUUUCACUACACUAACAACCCAAAAUGUAUGUAUAAUAUAAGGUUUCGAGCUUUCAGCAGGAGCCUUAUGCUUUUGAAAUGAUUUCCUGAUUGAAUUUACUUAAACCAUGUGCUUUUUUUUUCUUUCGUCUAUACAAUUCAUGUUGUGUAUAUAUAUAUAAAAAACCUUUUCUAUUCCAGUUUUGAUGCUGGCACUACAUGUAACAUCUCUGGAAGUUGGUAACCAAAGUUUAUGAGCCAUCUGAGACAAAUUUCGUUGGCAUCCUUUAACAUUGUCCACAUCGUUUCUCUGGUUAUCUGUGCAAUUAUCCACAAAAUAACACCCAACAAUGCAGUCAACCUGCGAAAUAUCAGCCAAUCAAGCAAAUCAAGUCCAUUUCUGAUAUGAAUUUAAUUUCAAAAGUGUAAAUUUUUAAUUGUGCAGCAUUUUAAUAUUGAACAUUUCACUGGUAACGCAGUUUAAAUAUUUAUUAUAUAGCACUUUGUAAGUAAAUGUAAAUGAUAUUUUAAUAUUGAGCUGAAAAAAAGAGAAAAAAAAACAGGCGUUACAUUUGUCGGAGUAUAUCCUGUGAAGUGUUGGCUUAUUGUUCAUUGAUUACAGCGGAUUUGCAGUGUUGGCAGGCUAGGCCAGAUGCUUGUACACCAAUUUUUGUUUCGUCCUGAGCUGGAUGGGGUUUAUCUCAUAACUUAAAAGUAAAAAAAAAAGAAAAAAACGCAAUUAAAAAACAUUAGAAAUGACUCAUUUCCAACUUCCUCGAUAAGACAUGAGGGAAGGGAUUCAAUGCGGUCACGCAUUAGGAUCAUCAAAAUUAAUACGAAAACUAAUACCUGACCCUCAGGUAGCAAUUUAACAGCUCGUCCUCAACCCAAACGACCAAUCUAGCACCACCUCACUUAAUGUGGGUUUUCAAUGUUGACAUCUUUCCUCCAUACAGUGCAUUUCACCUCUAUAUAGAUGAAUAAAACGUUUAAAAAGCCAACUUUGGACGACAUGUUGAUUCAAUAAAGUCUACGAUGCGUCCAUGAGAAGAAAAGCCAAUAUCCCCCCAUUCGCUGUACAUUAGUCGACCUCAUCCAUAGCUGUUCUGUAUAAAAGAGUGUGUGCGUGUGUGCGCGUACUUCCUUUUACCGAUCUCGACUUUCUUUUCGAACUGAAAAACAGUAGAAUCGU